UUUAAAACUGCAUUUUGAUGACGUUGGGGAAUGUAUCUGGCGGACGGCAAUAGGCAAGUAGUGGAUAGCAGGAGUCAAGCACCAUGGAGUUUGUCAUCAAUAAUUCAGUUUUUCUGGGGAAUAGUGGAGUUUAUUUCUUUUUUCUUCAGAACAUUGUUCAACCCAGCUGGAGCAGAAUAUAAAAGAACUGGAAGCCAGUCAUCCUGGGGUAGACCCGACGAUGGAAGAGGCCCUCCAGGAGUUCCACGGAGAAAGAUGGGUCGAAUAAACCAUGGUGGAGGAGGUCCUCCACCACCUCCAAUGUCUGGAGGAUGAGGAAGGUAA